AUGAUAAACUCCAUCAUUUCUUCUUUUUCAUCUCUAAUUACAGAGGUCUCUGUGAUUUCAUACAAUCGACCAAUAGUUUCCCCGGAUUUAGCAUGGAAUCCAGUUGGGACAACUAUUGGCAAUCAGAGUAUCGCUGGUUUAAAUCCUAUUGACAUAGUUAUUGAUGGAAGCAACACAAUCUAUAUUCCACAUGAGAAUCAGGGGAUUAUUCGCGUCUUUCUCGGAGUAAAUUCGACUUUAGUUAAAUCGAUCACAGCCAAUUCAACAAAUCUCUCAAGUUUAUUUGUAUUGACAAGUGAUGAGAUUUAUUUUUCAUCGAUAAAUGGAGUGACCGAAAUGAAAUCGAAUAUGACAAAUUCAAUCCUGCGAAUGGAUUUGUGUGUGCGAUGUAUCGAUAUCUUUCUCACCCUAAACCAAACUCUUUACUGUUCAUUGUCUGACCAGCAUCAAAUUAUUGCGAAAUCGUUGCCCGAUGAGUGGAGUUAUUUGUUAACCGUCGCAGGAACAGGAGAUCUCGGUUCGACAUCGGCAACACUUCGAAAUCCUCGAGGAAUUUUUCUCGAUGAAAAUAACUCCACUUUGUUCGUUGCCGAUUGCGGAAAUAAUCGAGUUGUUCGACAAAGUUCUAAUCAAUUGAAUCAGCCGUCAAGUCUAAGUUUUGAUUCGUUUGGUAAUAUUUUCGUUAUUGAUCGGAAUAAUCAUCGAAUUCAAAAGUUUUCCCUGUUCAAUUGCUCAGAUCAAUGGGCUGCAACAGUAAAUAUGAAUGUUCAACGGUAUAAACAUGCAGCAUGUGUAUUAUCAAACGGAAAAGUGCUAGUCACUGGUGGAUGGAAGGGUGGUGCUCUCAAAAGUGUUGAACUAUAUGAUCCAUCAACUGGGAGUUGGUCAAACACUCCAAAUAUGAAUGUCGGACGAUAUUAUCAUACAGCAUUACUUUUAUCGAACGGCAAACUUUUGGUGGCUGGUGGGCAAAUCGUUAGCAGUGCUGAGUUGUAUAGCCCAUUAACUGGCAUCUGGACAAUGACAGGAAAUAUGAAUUAUGAACGGCAUUAUCACACAGCAUCGAUCUUAUCAAAUGAAAAAGUUUUACUGGCAGCCGGAGACGAUAGUGGUGGCCACUUGAAAACCGCUGAAUUGUAUUGA